AUGACACAAAAAAUAGUUAUUGGUUUACUUUGGUUGAGUGUCGUAAUACUGGAAGCAUCGGAGGCCGAGUUAGUGGAGGGCUAUCCCUGUAUUCGCCGCAAUAAUCAAAUAUAUUGCACCGGUUUAGGCAGUCCUCGAUUAACUGAAAAGAUCGAUAAAUUCAUUGAUGAAAACAAAGCACUUAUUAGACGAAUGUUCGGUGAUUUUGAAGAACCGGACCACGAGUUCAACCCAAACGUCGGUCGUGACGACCAUAAUGGUCAUAUCAUUCAUAAAAGGCCAAAACGUGCUAAAAGUAACUCUUAUAAUAGCAAUAAAAUCGAUUCGUGUGAGUCGUCCGUCGAGAUAGUGACUCCUUAUUGGGCGUCAAACAGCGCCGGAAAGAUUAGGGCUAUUGUUAAUACACAACAUCUACAACAAGCCAUUCAACAAGAAGUUUGUCAGUCUGUGCAAACCAAGAGAUGCAAUAAUGACUGUUCGUGUGAACAGAAAUACAAAUGGCACCGACUGUUGGCCUACGAUCCCGACGACGAUUGUAAAGGCAUUUUCAUGGACUGGUUUCUCUUCCCGUCGUGUUGUGUCUGCCGGUGCAAUGUUUUAUAA